AUAUGAGUUCCAUCUGGUCGGUUGUUGAUUGUUGCUUUUGUUUUCAUUUUUACAGCCAAAAGCUAUUGUGUCGACUUUGCGCUACUCUUCAUGGCGAUUGUGGAUAUGGCCGUUGGAUGUGGCAGUGGUGUAUUUUGGCACAACUUGAGAGACCAGACCGCCAGCGCAGCAAAAGCAUAGCUAAGCAUAGAUAAAACCACCAAUGGCGGGGGUGCGUUGAGGGUUUAUAUGUAUAUUUUUCACCUUCCUCAUGCGAAGUCAGAGUAUUGUGCAUUUUCCAAUUUUCUCGCCGCGUCAAUCAAAUGAAUGCCGUGUCCGCUGUCGCAAGUAAAUUCGGAAUUUUGCACUUGUUCCAACUGGUCGCGUCGCCUCACCGCCUCCCGUCAUACUGAAAUCUGCAUUUUAACUGGUAUUUUGUGCAACGUACGUUUCAACACUAUAUCUAUCGCCUUAGUGCGAUGGCAAUUCGAUGUGUGGCUUCAAGUUGUGUUAAUAUCUGUAAGUUUCGCCAAAGGCUUCAGAUAGUGCAGAAAAUGCAUUGUAAGUGAGCGCGCAGCAGAAGCGAGAAGUGCCACAGCUGUUGACGGAAAAACGACUAGAAAGAUGUGGAAAAUUUGUGAAAUAUGUAUAUAUGUAUGUAUAAAAUUGAAGCCAACUAAAAUCUGAAGGAAAAGUGAAAAUGCAAGUGCAAAAGAAAUGUCAAAUAGAAGAAACAUAAAAGAAAACGUGAGAAGAGCUGAAUAAACAUUGCAAAUUGUUAUAAAAAAGGCCAUUGAGUGCGGAAAUUUGGCUGGAAAAUCGAAACAUAUAUCAUCGUCGUAUUUAUUCUGGCUUUAUUCGUGCAGUUGGUUACGCUGGCAGUUGAGUGCGCGUUGGCACACCGUAUUAAGUUCAAACAAAAUCAUUUUUAGAUAAAUAAUAUAAUUGUGAUGCCGGCUAAAUCUAUGCAUGCACGAACCUGCAUACAACACCAAACUCUAAUAAAUAUUGGUGAAUUGGUCAACGCUCGCUAAGAUUACGUUGGAGGGGAGCGCAAACGAAAAUAAUGAACAACAAAAAAAUUGGCGCUGAAGUGAACAUCUGGUAGAACGAUAAAAAAAGCCAACUGGCAAAGGGAAGGAGUAUAGUACAGCGCCAUCGUGCAAAACUGGCUCAUUAUCAGCUGUUGUAAAGUGCGAGCACACACACUUGUCCGACACCGACUGCGACUGCGACAAUAUCACGGCUGCUUACAGUUAACGUAAAGCGAUUAUUGCAAAAUUCCAAAUCGGCUGCUAACUUCUCACUUUUCUCGUAUGGCAGCUGCAAGUGUGACUAGCCACAUUGCCGCAAUUACUGCUUCGCCUCCAGCUGUUGUAGGAGUGUCAAUGGAUGGAGUAGAUGUAGCAAGUACGGCGGAAACAACAACAACUACCAAUGUCAGUCGCAAGAGCAUGCUGAAUCAGGAAUCUGCUACUGCAACUGCUAUUACCACAUUUCUCAUCAGCAGCACUAACGCCGGACACGUGGAUGAAGAAGAUAGUUUCACGACAUUGACUUCGGUUUCGCCUGGCUUCGUAGGGACCAGUUCCUCCUCGGCUUCUUCUGCUAUGAUGCCGGAGUUAGGAACACACACCCAUUCUCGUAGGUUACCAUUGCCACUUGUUGCAACGGUGACGGCAUCUUCUAAAUAUGAUGAUAACUUGGCAAUCGGUGGAGAGAUGAUUGCCAGCGGCCCAAUGGCGUCGGUUAGGCUUGUCGAUAAUAGUACACAGACUGACGCAUUGAGUGACGAAGAACAGCUCUUGACAGCAGGCAACACUGAGCUGGGGACGGAUGUAUAUGGGGAGAGUGAACAUGCGUACCAUGCGUUGGCAGUGGUGGCUUCAAAUAAUGACAGUGAAGACUAUGGAUUGAUGGAAUUUCACGAAGCAGACGAAAACAAGGAAAUGGAUAUAGCAAACAGCGAAAAGGAGUUUGCUGACGAGGCGAUUGGGAAUGCAAAUGAAAGUCAGUUGUUCUAUAGAGAAUUAAACGUUUUCGAUAUGAACCGCGAUUGUAAUGAAUGUAAUGAGUUUUCCAGAUUCGUGGGCGAUAAAAAUUCCACAAAAUCAGAUAGUCUCAGCCAGUGCGACAACUGUCUGCAGCAAACACUGAAUGCGAUAAAUGAUGGUGGUGGUGGUCAUGAAGAUGAGCCAUCGCCAGUAACUGGCAGCGCUCUGGAUAAUGAACAUUUAGUCAAUCAAAACCAAUCGUUCGAAUCCCAAAGUAGUAAUAUUUUAGACGAUUUAGAACCAGGUGAUUGUACUUGCAAUGCAUCGAGCCAUUUUGGUUGUGGUUGCGAUGAAACAGCUGCCAAUUGUACCUACCAGGAGCGCAUUAUCGACUAUGAUAAUUUUCGAAUUAUCGAACAUGUUAUCGAUUGUUCCCAUGACAGCUACUGCAAGCACAGCAGAAAAAUGCAUUGCACAGGCUCUUGGGAAGGCGCAGACGAAGACAAUGUGGUGGAAGAAAAUAAGGAACUGAAUUUCGCGUGCCGAGAGUUGGUGACAUUUAUCGGCGAGAGUUAUCAGAUAAUGAAGGCACAAGAACAAACGGAAAACAUAGCGGCAACGACGCCCCCACUGCUGCUGGAAUCAACUCGGCCCGUUAAAGAUAUUGCGGAAGAAGAUACAUAUUGUGAGGAAAAUAUGAAUAUUGGCCAUUUCAUUGUUGGUCCACAAAUCGAAAGUCCGUUCAUAGCCGAGAUUGUCGAUGAUAACAAUAAUAACGGCCGCACCAAAGCCUCCCAAGCUCUGAGUGGAUCGAGCGAAGCUAUUCCAUCGGGAGUUAACAAGUCAAUAUCAGCAACUAUUACAGCUUCUUGUUCGGUUUCAAAUCCAAUGCAGUCCAUUAAGAAAACAGAACACCGGUUACCCAAAAAAGAGCUACCUAUUGCAAAAGUACAGCUCCCAACACCAUCCGUUACGUUGGCUUUGAAGGCGCUCAAAUCGAAAUUGACGCCACUAGCCCCAUCGUUUCAUCCGGCACGGAAAAAGCAGACAACCACCUCUUCCACAACUGCAGCUGCGUCCUCCCUGUUCGCUCACGAAAAGACAGCAAUCUACUAUCAACCACAGCCACCAAAGCAGCAGCAGCAGCAGCAGCAGCAUUAUCUGCAACAGACCACCACUACCACUAUGCUGCAUAGGAUGAGUCUCCAUCACCAUUCACAGGCGCAACAGGAACAGCAGCCGCAGCCGCAGCAACACCAGCCCCAAGUGUCUGCCAUGGCUCAACAGAGUUACUCCAAAAAUUCCUUUCAACAGCAGCCGCCGCAGCCACUGUUGCCAAAUCUACAACCAUCACACAACUUUGUGACGUCAUCUAUAGAGCAUCAGCAUAAUUGCACACAGCAUGCCAACUCAUUGGGCGGUGUGCCACACAUUCAUUUGCAUAGUGUUGUGCCAGGCUCAGCUGGCAUCGGCGCAACUGCCUUAGCUAGCAGCGCAUUGCACGUAACGGUUGGCAACACACCGCAAGCACCGCAUCCAAGCAUCUAUCCAGUGCAGGUGAUUUCGCUGACUGCAGCGGCGGCCGAAACACCAAGCAAAGGCAGCAGCAACAGUACUGUUUCCAACGUACAACGGGAAUCAAGCCCUGCUUCCACGGUUGUGGCUGCAGUGGGUGACAGCAGCGCCACCUGGCCAUUUAUGGAUGCUGCUCCCGUGUUCAUCGAUGCCAGCGGUGAACUUCGAACUUUUUGCCCGACGCAUGGUCCGCCGGCCCUCAAUACUGGGGCAAUUACGGCAGCGACCAAUUCAAAUGGGAUGACAUUCAAUCAGUCGAUAGCGAUAAAUGUCGCACAUGGCAACAUUUCUUCACAGCUGCCACAUAUGCAACACUACCAACAAACGAUGCAGCGCCAGACACAAGCACAGGCACAGCCACAGCCACAGCCACAGCCACAGCCGCAGCUGCAACCACAAUCGCUAGCAACCACUUCUGGCGCAACGCCUGCUUCGAUCAUGGCUACCAACAAUGCCAUCCCAAGUGUAUCAUCGAUCAAUGCAACAAAUCGAGCUUUUUUGCAGCAACAUCAACAACAACAACAGACACAAAUAAAAAGUCUUAAUCAAACUCAAAAUCAAAGCCAAAACCAUCUCCACCAUCAGCAGCAGCACAUUCAGCAUAAUCAUCUGCAGGCACACUAUCAUCAGCUGCAACAACAACAGCAACAAUUGGAGUCGGUCAGCGCACUGCAAAUUUCUGGCAAAGCCAAACUUUAUCGAGGUGUUCUUUAUAUAAAUGCAUUCAAACGAAAACUGCCCUAGAAGUUUAACUGACUAUAUUUUUUUUAUUAAACAAAUACUAAUGAAGUAAGCAAAUAAACGAGAGAAAGUGGAGACCACCAAAAUACCAAAUCAAAACUCAAUGUGCAGAU